AUGGCUUUUUCCAAAAGCCUCUUGGUUAAAGAGGAAGAUCUGAACGAUGACGGUUGGGUUGCCUUUGAUGCCGGUAAUGAUUCGGCAUUCUUUGGGUCAAGCAAGGAUUUCUUUGCAAACAGCAGCAGCAGCAGCAUCGAUAAUAAAAACAAUAGGUUUGCGGCAGAAACCAAGGAGGAGAACAAAGAAGACGAUGCUGCAACUGCAAAGGCAAAAGCCCGAGAGGAAGAGAGAAUGAAGGCUGUAGCCGAAGAGCGACGACAAAGACAAGCAGAAUAUGAGAGACGACGGGCACGGGAAGAGCAGUUCCGUCUCAUGAAAGAAGAAGAAAUGAAGCGCAACGAACAGGAAGCUGCAGCCAGGCGAAAGGAGCAAGAAACACAGGCAUUCUUGGAAGCCAACACGAAGGUGAACGUUCAAGAAAUUACCAUCGUCGAGUUUUCUGAUGAUGAUAUAGAUGAAGAUGAGACUGCGGCUACAACUCCAAAUCAAUCUUCUGCUGCCGUCUCUACUGCUCGAGUUGUUACACCCACUGGGUCGCCAGUCUCCAGUGCUCCAUCUUCUCCCGAUAGGAUGGUGGAUCAAAGUGACGAAGAGGCUCAGGCGCGAAUUGCCGAAGCUAUUCGACAGGAAGAAUUACAAUUCCAUAGGGAACGAGAAGAAGAAAAGAGACGAGUAGCAGAAAAAGAAAGGUUGGCCGAACGGCGAAGACUAGUGGAAGAAAGGCAGCAACUAGAGGCAAAAAACCAAAAAGAGCUUCAAGAGAAGAAGCGAUUGGCGGCUCAAAAGAAGAGUUGGUUAGCCAACAAAAGACUAGCAGAUCGAAAGAAGGGAAAGAAGAAAACCAAAAAAGACGGCAGCGCAGAAAAGAAGAAAUCUAAGGGAUCUAAAACGAGACGAGGCUGGUUUAAGAAGAUGGGAGUUGUCAGUGAAGAAAAGACAACCCCCGCUCCACAGGAGGAGGUAGUCAAGACGGAAGAGAAAUUGAAGGAAGAAGAAGUUGAGGAAGCCGACCGAUCGGCGAUUUAUCUGCAUGUGGAAGAUCCGAUCGGGAGACCAAAGAGCCCCACACCAGACUUUGAUGAUGGUAGUGCGUCAGACGUUACUGGCUCUGACUUUUCGGACUCGGGUUCUGAGUCUGACGCGGGUUCUGAUUCUGACUCGGAUAGCUUGGAGACGCUGGAGACAAAGGAUACCAAAGAAACGUACACAACAAAGGGCACGUACGAGACAUUGAAUACAAAACAAUAUGAAGAGUUCCUGAAGCAAGAAAAGAAAGAGGAGGGAUGGAGCUCAUUCUUCUGUGGAGUGUUUGGCCGUGCUACAGAUGAAAAUGAUGACGAGCAAUCCCAAACAUCCAUUUCGACCAGGACGAAACCUGUCGGCUAUGGUUCUUCUGUUGCUGGUACGUCUCUGUCCAAAACAACCUACGGCACCGAUUCGAGGGCCACGCUAUCGGUUGUUGAUGAUGAUAGCGAUAGUGAUUCCGACUCGUCCCAAGGCUUUGGUUCGGAGUAUACUGGCGAGACUGAGGAAUUGCCACCAAUGAAGGAAUCAAGCUUUAUUUUCUGA